AUGUCCGACACAGAAUCCAGUAGUGCUGACUCUCGGCCCUCUGACUUUAAUGAUGGAGCUGAGGCGAUCUUGAAUACUACCUUUGGAGCUCAUAGAGCAGGCAAGGGCGUCCAUCGCUCAAGGAGCUCCACUCCGCAAAGUCACAAGGACUCCUGCCCUGGCCCAGAUCGGUUUCCAGACCGCAGAAAGGAGUUUUUCCAACUUCAGAAUGACUACAUAAAGGACACUAAUAAGCUGCGGCCAUGUCUCAAGCGAAAAAGGUCAGAGUACGAGUUGAAUAAUGCUCCGGACAAUUUCGGCCAGGGCAGUACCAAUGGGAAGAAAGUAUCAUGGAAACAUGACAGACUCAGAAGGAGAUUUGGGCACCUAAUUGACGAAAUUCUGGGUGUGUUAGAAGCUACUCUUCUGGAGCAACAUGUAGUAGUAAUCAGUAUUGAUGCAGUCCAGGUACUUGACUGGGAACACAACGCCCAGACUGCAAACGUGACACGUGGCGACUCAGCCGUGACAGCACUGCCUUCCUUGUCACGGGCUCAAUUGUCAAUCGCGCUCUAUCUGGACCUGGACUCGGCCACCGACAAUUUGGCCGGACGAAAAUUGGGCAGCGCCGGACAAGAUGAGUUAUGGGUCUCGCUGGUUGUGUAG